CCGUGGCAGGUCUCUGUUCCAGGGCUGCACUGUCCUUGUGAGCUCUUGCUCUGCCCCUUCAAUGCACACAAGAGAAAAGCUCCUUCCCCAGGGACUUGGAAGGAAACUGGGCUGCGUGAAGAAAAGUUACUUGUUUUAACAUUGCCCCAAACUAUCGCAGGGAGGKAAUCGGUUCAAGUUUCACUCCAGAAAAAGGCGUCAUUAAAAGGUAAAGAGGAAACUCCUCUCUCGGAGGAGAGGCACAGAGGAAGCCAGCAACAAGUGCCGGCCCUUGGGCGCCCCGGGGAGCUGGCAGCGGCUCUGGCUCAGCCUGCGGUGGCUCCUCUCCCUCCCUCUUUGGCACACAUGUAACACGAAACUUCGCAUCUCCACGACAACCAGCAACAAGGRGAAAAAAAAAAAAAAAAGGCAGAGACAACAGCUGGCUGUCAGCAGCGGAGCAGAGAGGAGCCGAGCGAGCAGCGAGCCGCAAGCCAGGAUGAGGGGAGAGAUGACGUGAAAGUUGAAGAGGACGGAAAGAAAAACAAGAGGAGAAGAAGAGCUUGUGGUUGGGGUGUCCCAGAGCCCGUGCUUCCAUCUCCAUUUCACUGUUKGAUAUGGGAAGAGGGGCAGAAGUAGAAAUCCUAAAGCAGAGAGCCCUUGGAAGCAGCAGAAAGUGCAUGGCAGAAAAACAUAUGCUUCCUCACGGGAAGGUUGGAGACUGCACCACCACCAUCAAACUUUGUCCCUGAUGUAGUUCAGACCAAGAGACAAGAACAGAAAACACAGAUCACUUCACCUCUCCCUCCUCCACCAUCUCUUGGAAUGGAAACAAAAUUGAAAACCUGCUGACACAGAAUCUCGCAGGACUAAGGAUAAAGCAGCCGUUUCUGGAGCAGCUCACUUGGGCAUAAAGCCUGGAGAGGUUGUGACAGAAUGUCUUCUGAAGGCUUUCUGAAGGAAAUCCAAGUCAUUGGUGAGAAGUUUCUCCUYAAGCUCCAGAAACUGCCCAAGGCUGAGCCAGUGGAGAUUGUCUGCUUUUCUGUGGUUCUUCUGUUUAUUGCUACUGUGCUGGUGCUCACCAUCAUUGCCUGCAGUUGCUGCUGCUACAGCUGCUGUGGCUGCGAUGGACACCCUGACCCCAGGCACAGGAAGAGCCAAGUCCGCCCAGCUUCCCACUGAUGAAGUGACACAGCCUGCUAUCAAGGACAUGCAUGGACAUCGUGAUUCAGUGCCAUGGGAAUGACUUUCCACACUAGCUCACUGAAAAUGGCAAUAACAAUAUUAAUUAACAUGACUCAGAGGACCAGAAAUCACAGCGUGGAAUUCCUUCUCUCUGUGACAGCCACCACAGUGACCCGAAAGGUAAAGCUCCUUUACCAUCACUGUCUCCCUCUUCUGGGGGUGGGAUGGGAUGGGAGGGCAUGGACACAGGUUGCUGAGGAAAGACACAGCUUUCCCAAAGUCAGCCCUGCAGCUGGGCCAGCUGAGGAUCCCCUCAGAUCCACAGAGCCACAGAUCAAAGCAGAGGACACGGCCACAGGCCAGGCACUGCCUGCUCUCCUCACCAGUGGCUAAUCCAGAAUAAUGGUGCUGGCCAUUUGCAAAACCCACCGACACCACUGGGAGGUCCAGAUACUCAGGGCAUCGUGGAUCAAGGCCAAAGCUGCUGCAGGAGACAYGUUUAGCUGAGAUACCUGCUGAAAGCCACAAACAGUGGACCUUUUGAUCCAGAUGUGGCAGCUGAGGCUCUGGGUACAGCUGGUCACAACUGCCCCGGCGUCAUUUCAUUGGAGAUACAAUGAUGGGAAAUUGCCAAAGAAAAAACUGUAUCAUGAGGAAUACUCUCUGUAAACACGAAGAUGAAGGCAAAAAGGAAAAACUCACCAACCCUAUGGCUUAUUUUGAUCAUUCUCUGCUCAAUAUGCUCCCUCUCCACCCCCUGUGGUUCUACUCUUCUGCUCAUUGCAGAUGCAUGGUUCUUGCAGAGCACAGGAGCUCCUGGAGGUGAACAAAUCCCUACCCUUACUUGAGGGAUCUGUGUGCCUGGCUCCCUGCACUGUGUGCAGUUUAUUUUAGUGGACAUGAACAUGAUGCCAGGACUGUGUUUAUGAGCAUGCACAGAGGCAUUUCAGGGGAGCGACACAUGAUGGGAGCCAUCACGCCAGGGUAUGUGUGCAGCAGCUGACAGCAGGCACGGUGGCAGAGCAGAGCCAAGAAUGGGCUGUUGGGCUGGAGUUAACAAGUGCAAAUAAAUCCCUUUUCCAUGCUGCAGCCACUGUGUAUGUUUGGUUUACACUCCAGUGAACUUCCGAAAAGGAUUUAUGGACGUACAAGGCUGUAGCACAGGCUGUGCCACUUUCACAACUGGGACAGCACAACAAGGCCACAAUUCUGCACUAAACUCUGAACCAGUGGUGUUUCAGCCCCAAAUAUGAGACCAACCACCUUCAUGAGAAUCUGUAUGGAAAAGUCAUCUUCUGCCUCUGUAUCCCAACUAAGUGCAGAGGAGCCAAAGGGAUUUCACAUGAAUGUACCAAAACAAACAUUCAGGAGAAUAAAAUCAUCACGUUUCAACAGUGGGCUUUAAAAUACUCUUUACACUUCAGAAGGUACAGAAAAAUAUGAAAACACUGUAAAGAAAUGUAUUUUCUCUGUUGCCUGCACCUGUAUUAGUAAAGGUACAUUACAGCUUCUUAUGUAUUUAAUGCACUUUAUUUUUUGUCAACAAACCAAAUCUAGAUUUGGCAUUUUUGUACUGCUGCACAUUGGAAUAUAUCUGCAGCCAGAAACAUAGUGAASAGCCUAAGAAUGAUAAGAAAAAUAAAAUUCCUCAAACUACCAGUGUUGAUUUUAAAUUAAUAAAAAGAAAAAAACUUUCCAGUAGAAAAUGAGGAUGUUCCUUAGAAAACAAAUAUUUGAGCCCCAACUUGACAACUGCCAACAGCAGACUGCACUAGCACGAGCUACUGCAUGCACAAUUACACUGAGAUUAACAAAGUGCUGGCUUUUAUUAGGCUAUCCUCAAGCUUUCACUGCCAACCAAUAUGUUUAGGAGGAAACAACCUCAAGCACAGCAUCAAUUUAAACAUUCAGAGAUGCAUCACAUCAWCCUCCUGUCAGAUAAGUCUUUGCUCAUUUCAGUCACAAACAAGUGGCAAAGUGACAUCGGGAGCCUCAGAAACUCUUUUGCAUGAGACAGACUCAACAGAUGUUUUUCCAUCUAGAUUAAGUCACGAGACCUGGGGAAGAACAGAGCUCACUUUCUUUCCAGGCUUGUGCUAGACAGUGCCAGCUCCAGACAUGAACAGCAUCCCAUUGAGGGCUGUUCCAGCAGCACGGAGCCAGCCUGUGCUAAGCCAGGGGGAAGCUUGGCAGGCUGGACACACACCAAGAGCUGACAGGUUGCUGUCACUGGGAACAAGCUGCCAGACCUUAUCUCAACAGGAAAAGCUAYAAAUGCAUGUUUUCCAGUGGUGGUACAAGCUAAACCACUGACAGAUACYAGGCAGAGGGACAAGAGAAAUGGCUCCUGUCUUAUCUYGGCCACUGYGAGUUCCUGAAUUAGAAACAGAAUAAACAUGGCACUGYUAAAGAAAGGGAAGGAGAGAAAAAUAAGCAAUCCUCUAAAGGAUUCAGGUGGCUUUCCUGAGCAGAGGAGCGACCACUGUAUAGAGGGGGCCAAUUUCUACACACUUGACUGGACCUCACAGGUCUAAUGUUCUGCUUUGGGUUAUUUUGUACCAUUGCACUCAGCUGGACUAUUCCUACAGCUGGGAUUCAGAUAUGUUUGCCUGAUCUGCUGCUUCCUUACACGCAUUCAGGGUAGUCUGAAACAUGCCCACCAAGUCCCCAGCUUCCUGCAGCUCUUCAGUUCUGCUGACUACAAACCUGCUGGUCCCUGUGUCCCUGCUCAGCACUCACACAACCUUUCUGUUUUGGGCUUCAAUCAUAACUCAAAUAUAGGGACACAUAGUGUGCACUAGUGAGGAUGAAUCCUCUUGUUUCAGCCUGCAGAGGGAGAGUCAGAAAAGCACAGAAUAAGGCAAGGCUGCUUCAAGCACAGCAACUGCCAUACAUGCUGUGAAAGCCUAGAARGAACUGCACAGGAAUACCGUUAUUUCAGUCGUGGUGAUAAAAGUGUUGAAAUAGUUUCUUUCCCCAAGGAACCUCAAAGAGCCAGUAAGGCAAGCCCCUCCAGCAGAAGUGGUUGAAGUUCUACUGAUGACUUAGUGGAACAGCUUCUGUUCUGUAAUGUUAUCCCCCUGGUUUCAAAGUGACUUGCUUGGCUUGUGAAAGAUCAGUUUCCUAUUACACACACACAGCCUCACACACCACACUCCUCCUUCUCUCCUCCUUCCUCUCUCCAGCACCAUCCCUCUGSUCUUCUCCACUCAGGAAAGUGAAUUUUAUUGCUGGUCACAGCAGUGCAAUGCUCUGGAAUAGGUUUAUUUGGACUGCAGGGCAGUCCUGUUCACUGUCUCACUUUAGGAAGGGCAGUUUCCCAUUGGAGCUUGCAAUACAGAUCCAGUCAGGAUCCACAAAACACAGCCCUCUUCUCUCCACUGCAGCCUGCCCCAGACAGASGACAGAGUGGGCCUUCACAAGCACUGCAACAGGUGUGGAAGUGGAUAAAGCCAUGGAGAAGAAGAAAUGUGUGAGGAACAGCUGAAUAGGGACUUUUUAGUUAGGCCAAGACCUUUGAUUUGACUAUAUUAGCCACACCUUUACAGCAAUAUCAGCUGUUAAUCAUUUA